CGCCAAAACUUUGGUACCGCAGGUCGAAGCCGGAUUCAAAAAUGGAUGCAUAGUUUUGCGGUGUGGACGGAGUUUUCGCAAAUUUUUAUAGUCUUCAAAUUUCAUAGAAACAUUUGUUGGAAAAGUGCCUUUCGGUGGUCUGUUAGUAACCGAAUUCCUCACUGAGUGAGAUGCGACAAGGUCGUUUAGUGUUUUUUUUGCAUUAGUACUGAACGUUCAUUCGAAAAAGAAAAAAAUCGAUUGAUGUGUACCGAUCGUCGGAAAGUUUUUGUGGCGGUUUAGUUCCAUAUCGAGCAAUACAGGCUAGAAUUAGAAAACCAAUGAAAAUGUGGCACGAAGCGCGGAAACAAGAAAAAAAGAUCCGUGGCAUGCUGGUAGACUACCGGAAGAGGGCCGAACGGAGGCAGGAUUUCUAUGAGAGAAUAAAAGCCGAUCCAACGCAGUUUCUUCAAGUUCAUGGUCGCAAAUGCAAGAUUCAUCUGGACCCGAGCGUGGCGGCAGCUGCAGAGAAUCCAGCCAUCAUGAUGCCGUGGCAAGGUCAGAAGGAUAAUCUGAUUGAUCGGUUUGACGUCCGAGCCCAUCUGGAUUAUAUCCCGACAGUAACCAACAAACCGGACCAACCGGCAGAAGACGAUGUGCUGGAUGUGGAGGAACGUGCCAUGAACUACGAGCGGUAUCGCGUUCUUGCACAGAACGAGUUCCUCGCCAUCAGCGAGGAGAAAUUCCUGCAUCAGCUUUUCCUAGAGGAACAAUUCGGUGUCAGUGCUCAGGUGGAGGCCGAACAGAAGGCAUCGUCGUCGAAGAAAAAAGCCGGUGCGGGAGUGGCAAUCGGAUAUACAUACGAGGAAACGGAACCCACUGGAGUGGUUCCUUUUACGCAGACCAUCACGGCAAUAGAGCAGUCCACGGCGACCAAUAAGUACGAUGAGUGCAUGAAGAGUGAUUCGGAUUCGGACUUGGAUAUGGAUGUUUCCAUAGAUAUAAACAAGGUUGGAAAUGCCCAGGCGCACGAAAUGAAUGCCUGUGGACGGCACUACGGAAUGAAGAGUAACGAUUUCUACUCGUAUUUGACGAAGGAUGCAGACGAAGCCGAAGCAUUAAGGAUGGCACGAGAAGAAGAGCAAGAGAAGAUUAUGUUCAGCGGUAGAAAAAGUCGCCGGGAACGGAGAGCACAAAGAGAGCGAAAAUUUGCAGGGAGACCAACCAGUCCGCCAAGUUAUGCGGCCAAGGAAGAACUGGUUCCGCGGACAUAUGAUGAUCCAAACGAUAGUUCGCGAUCUCCAUCGCCUGUUAAUUCAGGAAAAAUAACCUAUAUUACCUCAUUUGGUGGUGAAGAUGAACUUCAACCGCACUCGAAAAUAUCGAUAAGCUUUAACAAAGACACCCAGGGUCAGGCAGGGUCUUCCAAAUUUAAGAGUAGCUCGUAUGCUGAGAAAGUGAAGCAAAACUUGGAAAAAUUAAAAACCAUAAGUACAAAACCGGAAGAGAGCAAGAUACCGGCUCAGUAUCAGCGAAGAUCUAGAAGCUACAGUGACCGAAGUAGAAGCGGAUCAAGAUCAAGAUCUUGGAGAAGACGAAAAAGCCGCAGUCGUUCGAAAGGAAAGAGACCUUAUUCGAAAUACAGACGACAUUCACGUUCCAGUUCAAGGUCAUCUCGUUCGAGAUCGCACUCGCGAGGGCGUAGAACAUCUCGUCGCUCCCCAGAUUAUGGAUCGCGGCAUAGGAAAGCGAGGUCGUCUUCUUCUUCAACAUCAUCGCCCGUUCGAAAGCCUUUACGGAAAACAUCCAGCUCUGAAUCCAACUCUUCUAGAAGCCCUAGUCCUGCUCGUCCGAAACCAAAGUCUCAAUCUUCACCCGCUCGUAAAACAAGCUUCAAAAUUGAACCACCUGAGAAGGCUCCCGUUGCCGCUGGAACCGCAGGUGUCGUUACAUUGCCACCAGUUCUGGUUAAAAAGGAAGAACCAUCUGUAAAAGUGCCUGUGCUGGUGGAACCGGAACCUGAAGUUCCUAUUCGACGAUAUUAUGGACGAAAGCGCGAUGACCAGAGUUCCAGUGAAUGUGAUGUCAACACGGACAGCUCAGAAGACGAGGAAUCAGAUAAGAAGCCCGAUUCGACGCUGGAUCCGUCAACGAUUGUGCAACCGGAACUGCUGCCGGGAGGAAUAACCAUCAAGCAAGAGAAACAUGAAUCCGGUUCCAGUAUGGUGGCGACUUCUUCAGCAUUGUCGGCAAGGUUUGGUAAAUCGUCAUCGAAUGUCGGUGUCGGCAGCACAAUCGGCACAUCCGAGUCCAAAAGCGGUGUAUCAUCUACGAUGUGUUCAUCCAAGUCACUUAAUCCUCGAGAUCGACUGAAGCGUAAAAUGCAAAUACUUUUGAAUAAGCAAUUUAAAGCCGACAAAAAAGCGGAAAUUGAAAAGGUUGAACGACAAAUCCAGCAGCAACAGGAACGGGAAGAUGAAAUGCGAGAACUUGCACUUAAAUUAAGGCGAAGGCAACGCGAACUGCGGCAUAAGUACGGAACACCGGAAAGUGAUAAAAGUCCAUCGAAAUCCGGAGAAAGUUCGGACGACGGUAGCUACAAAGAGCCACAUAUGCCACCGGUAAAAGAACCAUCACCGCCGCCAAAACCUCCUUCUGUGCCACCUGCAACAAGCUUCACCUCUAGUGCUAUCAUUGAGCGUAAACCAAUCCUACGACGUGUUGUUCCUGUCGAGACAUCGCGAUCACCCAGUCUAGUGCGAAGCACUAGGCGACGUUCCGAUAGCCGAAGUCGAUCACGAUCUCCUGCCAUGAGCGGUAGAAGUAUUGGCAUUAUCGGUGGCAGUGGUAGCACAAGCAGUAACCGAAGGUACGAUGAUCGCCCUCGGAGACGAUCCCCACCACCAGCGCCUCCACCAACGUCGUCUCGCGCACGCUAUCAGUCUCGAUCAAGAUCGCGUGAUAGGGAUCGUGAUCGAGGCAGACACCGUUAUGGCGGAAGUAAACCUUUCCGGGACUACGAUCGUGGUGGUAGCGGUCGUUACUAUCGGCGAAGAUCCCGUUCAACGUCCCGCGAUCGUCAUCGAUCCUCAUCCAGAUCGUAUAGGUCCACCUCUAGACCAAGGGGUAACAUCGGUACAGGAAGUAAUCGCAGGGAUAGAUCACCUAAGAUAAUGAAAAAGUUAGUUGACUAUUGAUAUUCGCAGCAGUUUUCAUAUUAUUAUUGUUUUACAAUAAAAUGAAUCAGAUACUUGCCAUAUAACUUCACGGUGGCGAUUGUUUCUUUCCAACCUCUUGUUAAACUACAUCAGUAAGUGUCCUGAAUAAUUAUAGUGUUGGUUUGAGCACAAUAAGUUAUGGUAAUAAAUGAGAACAAUGUUCUGUGAAAGUUA